GUUGCUGUUUCUGCAGGUCCACAUGAAGAAGACACAAAUGUGGCUGCCAUUGUAUAUAUGUAGCUAGCUGCUAGUUACCUGAAUAAAGCUCGAAGUAACAAACUCCAUGAGAUUUUAAAUACCGGGCGUUUAUACACUUUAAGCGAUUAACGUUACUGCUGUGUCUUGGCGAACCCGUUGUCCAGCUGAGCAUUAGCUAGUUACAGCUUUUGCUUCUUGGCAAAUGAAGGAGAAUAAGGAGAACUCCACUCCUGUCAGUUUGACGACAAAUCUGGACCACAUCAAGCCAUGCUGGUACUGGGACAAAAAGGACCUGGCCCAUACCCCAUCCCAGUCCGAGGGCCUAGAUCCGGCCACUGAGGCCAGAUACAGAAGAGAGGGGGCCAGGUUUAUAUUCGACGUUGGAACUCGACUAGGAUUACACUAUGAUACUUUGGCCACAGGAAUUAUAUACUUUCACCGCUUUUACAUGUUUCAUUCUUUCAAGCAAUUUCCAAGAUAUGUGACAGGGGCUUGCUGUCUAUUCUUAGCUGGAAAAGUUGAGGAGACUCCAAAGAAGUGUAAAGACAUUAUCAAAACAGCUCGCAGCCUGCUUAACGAUGUGCAGUUUGCACAGUUUGGGGAAGAUCCAAAGGAAGAAGUUAUGGUGUUGGAGAGAAUAUUGCUCCAGACAAUCAAGUUUGAUCUACAAGUGGAGCAUCCAUAUCAGUUCCUGUUGCGCUACGCUAAACAAUUAAAAGGAGACAAGAACAAAGUGCAAAAGCUGGUGCAAAUGGCUUGGACCUUUGUGAAUGACAGCCUCUGCACGAUGCUGUCUCUUCAGUGGGAGCCAGAGAUCAUAGCUGUUGCUGUCAUGUAUUUGGCUGGUCGCCUGUGUAAAUUUGACAUCCAGGAAUGGACAUCCAAGCAGUCAUCCCGGCGCUGGUGGGAACAGUUUGUGCAAGAUGUCCCUGUGGAGCUGUUGGAGGAUAUCUGCCACCAAAUCUUGGACCUGUAUUCCCAAGGCAAGCAGCCCAUCCCACAGCAGCCCCAAAUGCAGGAAAAAGACAAACCACCCCAACCUCCUGCCAGCCAGCCAAGUCAGUCUGGUGGACUGAACCCUGCAGCUCUGCCUCCACUUAAGAAAAACUCCCCACAGGCCAGUCCCCCACGGCAGCUUAAACGCCAGCAUGUUUCUCCAAAAGAAGAGUCUAAGGUUGUCACAGAGCAAGUUGGUUCUAAAAUACCACGUCUGGAAAGCCCAAUGCCUCCCCUACCAGUUGCCCAGCCACCUGAUCGCAAAGGCCCAACCUCAGCCCCAGCCCCUCCUGCAGAGGCAGAGCCAGCAGCCUCUGCUGAUUCAGACUUGUCCAAGGCACCUCCUCUGCCCCAUGGAGCUCCACCCCCUCUGCCUCACCGCCCACCACCUCCACCCCCCUCCAGCUACAUCAUGGGCAUGUCCACCUCCAGCUCUUACAUGUCAGGGGAGGGCUAUCAAAGCCUACAGUCUAUGAUGAAGACAGACACGCCAUCCUAUGCCCCCAUGCCUCCCUCUUACCCAAUGCCUUACCACCCACAUGUUUACCCUCCUCCAAACCCUCCACCACCAGGCCCUCCACCACCUACAACUUACCCACCUCCCAACCUUCCACCACCCACCCCGGCCUACCCUCCACCAGGCUACAACCAUAGCUACCCUCCUCCACCCCCCCGCAUGCCACCAGGACAUGCAGUUCCUCCUCCAGGAAUGGGUUUGCCUCCUACUGGAUAUCCGCCUCCACCGGUCCCCCCAGGCCAGCCACAGGUUCCCAUGCCACCCGGCUUGCCGCCAGUGGCAGGGAUGAACCGUGGAGCCUGGAUGAGAUGAAAAGACGGGUGAUCUUUCAGAGAGAGUAAAGGGUGUGGACAGAUGCCAGAGACAUAGUCUUCUGCUUCAUUCCGCCGAAUUUGUUAUCUGUCACCAGUAUCAGGAUGUUAUAAUGUUGUUUAGUCCUGUUUGAGUAGUCUUGAAAUACACUAUGAACCUUUUGUAUGAGUUUUGCCUGAAUUCUGUUGUAAGGAUGGUAUAGAAUCCUCAUGUUUAGAAGCUGUUUUAGAUCUGUGAAACCUGGAUCCAUAUUCAUAAUACUUCUCAGAAUAGGAGAGCUGAGAAAGUUUAUGAAUACAGACCCAUGUCCUCAGUUUAAUCUUGAUCAUCAUAAAACCAAAUUUGUCUUUUACUUUUAGAUCAGUGCAAAAGGACACGUCUGCCCCAGCAACCCAACAGUGACCAAAGCAUGUAAAUCCAGUAACCAGUUAAUCCCUCCAUAUGUAAUCACUUUGCAAGGUUUUAGUGGAAUUCAAAUAGGAGGUAAUAUGUGAAUCCUUUUGACCAUCUUAGACAUGAUUUUGGCUUAACAACACCAAAGCCAGUGGUGUUCGCUGUGAAAUGGAGCCAAGAAUAGUUAUUUCUUUAAAGGGAAUGUUCCUUGUUUAAAAUAAUACAAACAUUCCAUACAUGUCUGUGAAGGAAAUGUUUGGGCAUUUUUGAAAAUACAAAUCACCCAUUGUAGAUAAUAAGGUUGUAACAUCAGAAACAUUUGUCUGAGAAGCUUUGUGAAUACAGACCUAAGAAUUACUCAUUUUUGGUGUCCUUUUAUGCUACUGUGCAACUGGAGACAUGCAUAUUUUGUUACUUAAAAGAUAUUGUAACACUUUAUGGUAGGGGCUGCUUCUCAUGUUUGUUCAAAGCGUUUCUCAAUUACAUUAACUAAUUGUGACCAUCAAUCCUGAAGUGGAUUCAUAGCCAUUGAACCACUGAUUUCAAUAUAGUAUGCAAAAGAGAGCAUAUUUUGUAAAUGCUUUUUAUGACUAGGACUGCCGAUACCUUCAUUUUAGCUUCUCUGGAAGUGCCUUAGGCUAGAAUCUUAUAAGCUUGCUGUGUUGAGUAUGCCCAUUUUUGGAUUUCUUUGGCACUUAGUACCCUAAAGGUCUUUUUCUUCCCUGCUUUCAUCAAAUUACUUCUUGCUGGUUGUUGCCUCCCAUCUCUCAUCUCUUCGCCUUUACUGUGUACCUAAAACCUGUCUGCUGUUAACUGUUGUGAGAAUUUUUUUUUUUAACCCUUUGGAAUUUUGUGGGUUUCUGUAUGAAUAAAUAAAAUAUGAAAUGUGA